AUGAGGGAAUCGUGCGAUUUUCUUUGGGCUUCAUUUCCGCCUAGCGCAGUACUCUAUAGCGCGACGUGCGUGGGCGUUUGUUCGACACACGACAUUUAUUGUUGGAAAAGUGGCUCUAGUGUUUUUCGAUCAUUUGCCAAAGAGAACUUGGAAGCUGACCUUGGAGCAUCAUAUUAACGGUUGAGAUACUUUGUAUAAGCUCUUGAAUGUGAAUGGCUCUUCCUCUGUAUGUACGUGUACAAGGGUGAGGUGGUGGAGUGUUACAUAAUUGCCAUUUUGUGCAAUGGGCGGCGCACGUCGGUUCGCGGAUGUCGCAGUAG